AUGCAGUUCUCUCUCGCCGCUGUUGCCUCUUUCGCUUGCCUCGCUCUGGCCGCUCCUGCCAACCCUGGCUUUCUGGCCGUCCCCAUGUCUCGAGCCCCUGCCCCUGAUGGCCAGAAGGGUAUCUCUUUCGCUGCUGGAGGGGGUAUCAAUGUCGAAAUGAUCAACGAAGUCAUGGCAUACAACGUCGACAUCAAGGUAGGUGGCCAGAAGGUGACUGUCCAGAUUGAUACCGGCUCUUCCGAUCUCUGGGUCUUCUCCUCCGACUCCAUAUACUGCGAGAACGACCCUUCUCUGUGCACGAAGUACGGAUCUUAUAACCCCAAGAAGUCGCAGAACUCCAAGGACACCGGUGAGCACUUUGACAUCCAGUAUGGUAUCGGAGAUGCCUCCGGUAACUACUACAAAGAUGACGCUUCUCUCGGAGAGGCCAAGGUUACCGACUUCCAGUUUGGUGUCAGCACUGGUGAUAAGUCUUCUGGUGACGUUUCUGUCUUCGGUAUCGGACCUCUCGCAGACGAGGCCACCCGAAGCCACUACCCCAACUUUCCUGCUCUUCUGAAGGAGCAGGGUGUCAUCAAGAAGAACGUCUACGGCAUGGCCUUUGGUCUCCCCGGUGACAAGCAGAACUCCGAGAUCACCUUUGGUGCUUACAACUCUGGUCGAUAUUCCGGUUCUCUCAAGACUGUCCCCAUCACCACCCAGGGCCACUUUGGCAUCAAGUGUGACAAGGCUAAGAUCGGCGACAAGACCAUUCUGGAGGGCGAGGACGUUGUUCUCGACUCUGGAACCUCUCUCACUUACCUCACCAAGUCUAACUACGACGCUGUUAUCAACCAAGUGCAGGCUGCUGGCAUCAAGCUCACCGACGCGGGCCAGGGAAUCUCUGCUCUUCCUUGCUCUGACAUUGGCAAGCUCUCCAUGGAGUACACCUUUUCUGGCAAGACCAUCAAGGUCUCUGGUAAGGACAUGACUAUUCCUGCUACCUACCUCGACUCUUCUGAUACCUCUGGUCUCUGUAUCUUUGGUAUCACCGAGUCUACCGGCCAGCUGUCCAACCUCAACCUGUUCGGAGACACCUUCCUCCGAGCCAUCUACUCUGUCUAUGACCUAGACAAUAACCAGGUGUCUAUUGCCCAGGCUGCCUCCGGACAGGAGGAUAAGUACGUCGAGAUCACCGGUCCUCUCCCCAACUAA